GGAAGGAAAGAAAAAGAAAACCAAAGGAAAAACGAGAAAAACUAAAAAAGAACAAAAUCUUUUAGACUUUCAGAACGCAGUCAAGUCGUAUCUGUCGGAUGAGAAUAAGUUACAAGCUUUGACUUUACAAUUCAUUUCCUGGUCACUGUACAAAACAAGCCGAAUAGUUCCCUUGUUUUAUGUUAUGACGAAAAAUGGUGCUUAUCCAAUUACACGCAAACAGUUCAUUUAUGGAAUGGUGGAUGCUUUAGCUCCGUUCAGUGUGUUGCAGUUGAACGUGUUGUCCAAAUGGUUGAGUACCACGAAAAAUGGUAUCAUUACCCUGGAAAAUCUAGCCUAUAGACUGGGUUUUAUAGACGAAGUCACAGAAUGUUCGUGUGGAUAUAAAUCUCAAGUUUCCUUUCAAGGAGUUGCUUCUGAUACGCUUCAACCAAAGACAUCGCAGCCCAGAUUAAGCUUUACAGAAACAAUAUUUCAUUUAGGAAAGAAGGACAAAAAAUUCAAUGUAACCAGACUUUAUAAUUGGGUCUCAAAUAAAAAGGAGGGCACUGAGAAAUUAAAGAAUAAAAUAAAGACUUUCAUGUCAGCAAGAACAAAGGAAACACACUCUGUUCCCUUUGACAUUACGGGAAGAUUUCAAGAGAAUCGAUAUGUUGAACUUCAUGUAUAUUUUGCAACUUUCGAUUUUAUCGAAGUAGCAGAUUUCCAUUUAACCAUGUUACUUCCCAGUAGCACGAUGGUCUUCACUGUUUUAGAUCUAAUACAACAGCACACAGAAAUACAGUCAGAUGCAUUUUCUCUCUUUAUUACGUUCAAUAAGUUCCGAAAAAACAGACAUCCACUACCCAAAAUGUCAACCUUAAAAGAAUGCGGAUACCCUGGUUAUUGUAAGAAACACCCACAGAAAGUCUUGCUUUUCUAUGAUUGCAACAUACGGUUUAGAAAUAAUUUUAUUUAUGCCUUAGAUAAGUAUUACACAAUAAACAAAGAAAAACAAACCACUGAAACUGAAUAAUUAAAAAUAAGAAGAGUUCAAGUUUAGAAAAAUAUCACUUAGCAAAAUCAAAUUAAACAAAAUAUUGAUACAAAUUUUGGGCCACAACGUUCAAAGUGAAAUUUUGAAUUUUAACAAUGAACAACAUAACAAGGCUACACAAUUUGGAGAACAGCAAAGUCAAUUGAAACUACCCCACUACUUGACUUAUAAUUUAUUCUUGCAACCCAGAAAGGAUGUAAAAUGAUAUCAAAUCUCGGCGGAAUUCGAACUCUCAACGUACAAGAAUGUAACUAAACUCCGCUGUUCUAUCGAUUGUGCCACCCUUACGAGGGAAAAAAAACCAAAAACAAAAAAAUGAAGUUUGCCCGAAUUAUUGGAACAUUUUUGGGUUAAUAUCAUUGAAAAGAAAAGAAAAUCAAAUACGUUGAACCCACAAUAAAAUUUCUAAAGAUUUGAAUCAAUAAAGAUGAGACAAACUGC